AUGGCAAGACUCGCUGAUGAUCCCGACUACAAUGCCGGUGAGAGCCCUGAUAAUGUAGCAAGUCUACAGUAUGAAGCUAGGAAUUAUGAUAACUACUAUGGCAGAGGAUUUCGG